GACGUGUAUUCCAGUAACCCUGAAUGCUGUGAUAAUAGCGCAUACAUUUGUGAUUGCACUCAUAAAUGCGCUUACCCGUGCACUGAAGCUCUCUAUGUGCCUUUUCAUUUGUUCACCCUUGAUACUCUUCGUCUUGCUGAGUCAAAUAUGCAAUCCUUUCCAUCUUCGCCAUUCUCAUUCCAAUAUCAUAGGCAAGAUGUAUGCACCUAUUCGAAGAUCUGCUUAUCCUGAUACCCGUGAUGAGCAAGCCAUGAGAAGAUUCAUGCUAGGCACAUUAAACGUCGGUCAUCAUUUGACUUUUCAACGUAAAGGGAACGUUGUCAAUCUUUUUCCUCAACAGGAUGAGAAGGAAAAACUUGUGAAGAUUUUUGAGGACAAAAAAAUCCAUAAAAAUGAACGCUGCGUCAAUGCCAGGUUGAUACUGCACGACGUACCAUUGCCACCAGAAAAACAGCUUUGUCGAGAUUUGGAAUUUCAAAUUCAUCCGUACAAUCUAGCUGAGGUCACCUUGAUGCCAGCUGAAUGUCUGAGUGAGACAGGCAAAGCACGAAACAUGCAUAUGCAGACGCACAACGAUUUGCCAGACGUUCAUCCUGUUCAUGUCUUCGGCAUUGGUCAACGCAAAGGACAAUUGGCUUUACUUCAAUUUGUCAAAGAUUCAUAUGAUUUCAAAAGAGAUCUUUUGUUAGAUGAACAAGAAGAUGCUGCAAGAAAUUCGAGAUCGUUUGUUUUACCUCGUACUUUAAAUCCAACUGAGCAAUUGGCCAACAUUCCAGCAGAUCCAAACAGACACUUUCGCGACCUUUUUGAAAGUCAAUCGCAACAAGCCACCACUCCGAGCGAAGUCGGAUACAAUGCACACCAGGCUGCAAUGCAAUAUUUUCAUGGAAAUUUACAAGCGGGAAUGGCAGCUACACGUCCAGUCAAUACAAGUAUUCCUGCGAGACGAGAAGGCGACGUUUUCGGAAGUUCGGCCUCAGCGGAUAACCAAAGAUUCCAUCCUUCAACUCUUGUCUCGCGUUUCCAACCUCAAAUUCAACCGAAUCAAUUAGCAACCGAAGUAACAUCUUCACAAGCCGUACCGUCUCAACCGCCGCCAAUGAUGAACCAAACGGCAUCAGCCGAGCAAAUUGUAAAUGCCGGCAAGGCUGCUGCUCAAAGAAUUUAUCAAGCUUCUCCUCCAGUCAACCCGAGUGGCGAGCAGGCCAUUCCGCAAUUGCCCGAUGUGAGAGAAUUUCUCGAUGUGGAACGUUAUCGCUAUAUUCUGCAACAACAAAAAGAUACACAAGCUUAUGAAAUGUUUGCAGCCUGGCAAAAUAGUCAAAGGUAUGCUUGUCAACCUUCUUGGGCUGGUUAUGCAAAAUCGAACUUGGCUGGCCCAAGUGCUUAUGAAAGUACUGGUAUGGACGAUUCUGGAAUUGCGACUAGCACCCAAGAUCCAAUGAAGCAAAUCGGCGAGUCUUCCCGUCGAGGCAAUGCAAGCAGUGAUGCAAAUGAGGAAAAUGUUCCGAACGAAGGCGGAUCUGCCAAUCAAACAAUUCCUGCUCAGCAUUUGCUCUACACCAACGCCCCUUCCCAUCCUUUAGACCGUCAAAAGGACCAAGAAAGGCACGAAGAACAUGAAGAUGCUCCCACUCCAACUAUGAGCGCAGCUUCUACAUUGUUGUCUUUAAGUCCUGCCAAGGUGAAGGAAGUAGGACAACCCAAUACGCAUUAA